ACUCAUUUCAUGUUUUUUCUUUUUUUUUUAGUUUUGAAUGAAUAAUAAUUAUACGUUAAAUUAUAAAUUAAUGUUUUGGAGUUUUGGAGCUGUUAAGGUUCGUCACGCGCUUUGUGUUGUGUUGUGUUGGAAAUAAUCUUUACGCGAUUUUUGUUAAAAUAAAUUUGAGCAAGUCGUUUUUUGAUAAGAGACACAAAUGCAAGGCAAAAUAAAAAGGCGUGGAAUGUAAACAUAAUUGUUUGUUAAGCAAUAUUUUUUAUAUCGUUUCCCUGUAUUUCGUCAUUUAUGCUCGUUACGUCGAGUAAAAUAAUAUUUUGUUGCUUACGAGUGUACCUACAAAAAUAAGUGGAUCUUAAGGAUUUCACGAAAUAAACAUAAAAAUAAACAUACGAGCGUAUGUGUGGAAGUAAUUUCAAUGCUUCAGUCACUUUUAUUAUAGCGUUUUUUUCUUUUAUUAUUAACAAUUGCGGAAAUUGCACAAAUUUAGUGAAAUUGAUUUAUAUGCUAUAACAGUAAUAAACGGAGAAUGGAAAACAAUGGAAUAAUUGAAAAUUUAAUAAGAAAAACGACACUUUGCCAGUAAUAACUCUUACGUACAUAUGGACGCAUGUGUGUGUUUAUAAAAACGACAGUGAAAUUAAGCUUUGUCUUCUGUGCUUUUAUUUGUUUAUUCGCUCCAUUAAGUUGGCAUUAAAUGCAUGCUGACCAAAUUCUUUUUUUUUUCCGAUUUGCUUUUUGACCUCUUCGUGUUUUCGCUCCAAUAGAAAAGCGCUAUUCAAGGCGUAAGUUUGCCAACAAAAUUUACUACACAACAACACCAACAACAGUGUUAACGCAAAAAAUGGCGAUGCAUCAAAAGGGAAACAACGGUGUGAGCGAUUUUGUGCUCCUGGAUGAAAUAACUAUGGAAAAAUUCAUGGAUAACCUCCGAAAGCGUUUUCAAACGGGUUCUAUCUACACAUACAUAGGGGAAGUGUGCAUUUCAGUGAAUCCUUACCGACAAAUAAAUUGUUAUAAUCCAGACACGAUAAGAGCAUAUAAGGGCCGACAAUUAUUCGAAAAUUCGCCGCAUAUAUUUGCGAUCGCGGAUGCCGCGUACCGAAUACCGAGAGAACGCCGUCAAGACACCUGCAUAUUAAUAUCCGGAGAGUCUGGUGCUGGUAAAACCGAAGCAUCCAAAAUCAUUAUGAAGUAUAUAGCGGCCGUUACGAAUGUUGGAGGACAAAACGAAAUUGAACGAGUAAAAAACGUUUUAAUUCAAAGCAACGCCAUUUUGGAGACGUUCGGUAAUGCAAAAACUAAUCGCAAUGAUAAUUCGAGUCGUUUCGGCAAAUACAUGGACAUUGAAUUCAAUUUCAAAGGCGAUCCCGUUGGCGGUAUUAUCACAAAUUAUCUGCUGGAAAAAUCACGUGUAGUUCAGCAACAAGCGGGCGAAAGAAAUUUCCAUUGCUUCUAUCAGCUUUUACGCGGCGCUGCGGAUAGUGAACUGGGUCAAUAUGAUCUCAUUAGAGAUCCUUCAAAGUAUUAUUACAUGAAUCAGGGAAGUAUGGAUAUUUUAACGGAAAAGGCGGAUUUCAAAGGAGCAAAUAGUGCCUUUAAAACGCUGGGAUUUGCUACAGAUGAAGUUUCUACCAUUUGGCGUAUUGUGGCGGCUAUAUUGCAUUUAGGAAAUAUUGAAUUUCAAACAAUUGAGGAUGACUUGGUGAUCACAAAUAGGUCUCAUUUAAAAUCGGCUGCCAAACUUCUAGAAGUCACCGAGAACGAUCUCUCAACGGCCUUAACGGAGCGAGUAAUUGCCGCUGGUGGUAACGUUAUGCAGAAGUAUCAUAAUGCCACUCAAGCGGAAUACGGCAAAGAUGCAUUGGCUAAAGCCAUUUACGAUCGCCUCUUCACAUGGAUUAUCUCUCACAUUAAUCGGGCUAUACUAUUUCGUGGUUCUAAAGCCCAGGCACGCUUCAAUACAGUAAUUGGUGUAUUGGAUAUUUACGGUUUUGAAAUAUUCGAUUCAAACAGUUUCGAACAGUUUUGCAUCAAUUAUUGUAACGAAAAACUUCAGCAACUAUUUAUCGAACUGGUUCUAAAGCAAGAGCAAGAAGAGUACCAUCGCGAAGGGAUUGCUUGGCAAAAAAUUGAUUAUUUUAAUAACAAAAUAAUAUGCGAUUUAGUAGAGCAACCACAUAAAGGCAUAAUUGCCAUUAUGGAUGAAGCUUGUCUUAGUGUGGGCAAGGUCACUGAUGAAACUUUAUUGGGAGCCAUGGAUAAAAAACUGAAUAAUCACGCUCAUUACAGUAGUCGUCAACUCAACCCUAUGGACAAAGAAUUAAAACAUCGCGAAGAUUUUCGGAUCACUCAUUACGCAGGCGAUGUCAUUUACAACAUUAACGGAUUUUUGGAGAAGAAUAAGGAUACGUUGUAUCAAGAUUUUAAACGUUUGUUACAUCACUCGAACAACACGCACUUGAGCGGAAUGUGGCCUGAGGGAGCCCAAGAUAUUAAAAUGACAACGAAACGGCCACUAAGUGCCGGCAGUCUAUUUCAGCGUUCCAUUAUCGACUUGGUAAAUACGCUACAGAAAAAGGAACCGUUCUAUGUGCGUUGUAUUAAACCGAAUGAUAUGAAGAGUUCAAGUGUCUUUGACGAUCAACGUGUAGAGCAUCAAGUGCGUUAUUUGGGUUUGUUGGAAAAUGUGAGAGUACGCCGUGCUGGCUUCGUGCAUCGCCAGCGCUAUGAAAAGUUUUUAUUGCGCUAUAAAAUGAUUUCCCAAUACACUUGGCCCAACUUUCGUGCCGGUAAUGAAAGAGAUGGUGUAAGGGUAUUAAUCGAAGAAAAAGGUUUCAGUGACGAUGUAAAGUACGGCCAUACAAAAAUCUUUAUACGUUCACCGCAUACAUUAUUAGCGUUAGAAGAACAACGUAACUCCAUGAUACCGCAUAUUGUUACUUUACUGCAGAAGCAAGUACGCGGUUGGAUAGCUCGUCAAAAUUACAAAAAAAUGAAAGCCGCUUUAUUCAUUAUACACGCUUAUAGAAAAUAUACACUGCGCGCUUAUAUUCAGCAAUUGGCACAAAAUUUCCGUUCGGCUCGCAACAUGAAAGAUUACGGUCGUCAUAUACAGUGGCCAAAGCCUCCGUUGACUGGUCGCUCCGCUGAACAAGGAUUACGUCGCAUUUACAAUAACUGGCGUUCAUACAUGAUAUUACGUAAAUGGCCUCGCUCUGAAUGGCCGCAAUUGCGUUUGCAAAUUAUUGCAGCGACAGCUAUUAGAGGCCGUCGUCUCCACUGGGGACAGCAAAGAAAAUGGUUAGGCGAUUACUUGGCCAAUUCACAAGAGAAUUCAGCAUAUUUGGCGUACAGCUCCAACGUUAAGAACCUUAAGAAUAGCGAAGCCGGCGAAGGUUUUAGAAGCGUCCUGUUUUCAUCGUUCUCCAAAAAAUUCAAUAAGCACAACAAGCAAGCAGAUCGCGCAUUUAUUAUAACCGAUGGAGUCAUAUACAAAUUAGAUGGCGCUAAAAAUAAAUUUAAAAAUUUGAACCGAUCCAUAGCUAUUAAAGAGUUAACUUCAAUCAGUAUCAGCACUGGACGCGAUCAAUUAAUUGUGUUUCAUUGUCCGUCCAAUAAUGAUUUGGUGUUUGCUUUACAGGCGGAAAAUGGCACUCUAAAAGAAGAUCGUAUCGGUGAAUUGGUGGGGAUUGUGUGCAAAAGAUAUCACGAUCUUAAUAAUUGUGAAUUGCGAGUUAAUGUAAGUCCAACAAUAGCAUGCCGUUUGGGUGGUAAGGCACGCACAAUUAUAAUUGAGGGUGCCUCGGGUGUCGAAAAUCCCAAUUUCCGACAUGCUGCCGGUAAUAUUAUCUAUGAAGUGCCUGCACAUUAUUGCGUCUAAAAUGUUCCUUAGUUAACUUAUGAUAAUAUUAUAAAACUUUUCGGUUUUGGUUACAUUCUAAAUAUGCUUUUGCCUUAUGUUUAUAUUAGAUAACUAUAAUUACGUUACAAAACUAAAACUAAUGUUAUUCUCUUGAUCCGUGUGUUUACUCAGAUAUAUAGUAUAUUAUAAUUAUUUUAACUAACUUUAAUGUUUUUAACUAAAUUAAAUUCUAAGAGGGUUUUUACAACACUGUCUACACAAGCAACGAAAAUAUUCAAAUUCAUCGAUUAAGAUGCUUACUUAAUACUAUAACCUAUCAUAACAUGACAACGAAAAUGAAAGCAUUUAACUUGUAGUUUUUCAAUUCUAUAUAUAAUUUAAAUUUUAAAAUCAUUGUUGAUGGAUGUACUUAUUAUUACAGAAGAAGAAGAAAAAAAAAAAAAAGAAAAAAAAAAGGAAAAUCAUUUAUUACGAAAAUCCCACGAUACAGCGAAACGUAUCAAGUUGUAACUUAUGGUGCCAUUCAUAAAUUAAAUCUAAGAACUUUUUGCUUUUAUUCUUUAUAUUAUUCCGCUCUUAACAGCAGAAGAGCGAGACACGGUACAUUAAACAAAUAUGAUUUAUGAAGUAUUGAUUAGAGUAUGGGGUAAAUAGUCGCAACUCGACUUUCAUCCAACGCUGUACAUUUGCGUGCUUUUUUUACAUUUUUUGAUUUUGAAUUUGAAGCGAUUCAAAUAUAUGAAAAC